AUGGUGUACAUACCACCUCUAAAUUUCGCUCCAGUAGUGAGCACCGAGGUCUCGCUAUAUAGAUCGGGUUAUCCAAUGCCCUUGAAUUAUCAUUUUAUCGCUGAUCAAUUGCAUCUGAAGACCGUAAUAUACGUUGGCGACAAAGACAUUUCAGAAGAUUAUAAAGAGUUUUUGGACUCACAGGGAAUCCGUUAUGAGUUUGUGCACGUUGAGUCGUGCCGUGAUGCAAAUAUCAACACGCAAAUGAACCAAGUACUGCGAAAAGUGCUGGAUAAAAAGAAUUACCCAAUUCUCAUUCAUUCUAAUAAGGGCAAACAUAGAGUAGGGGUCGUUGUCGGCAUUAUUAGAAAACUUUUUCAGGGCUGGUCGACGACGGGCAUUUACCAAGAAUACGGUAUUUUUAGUGGAGGGCUCAAGGGGGAAGUGGAUCUGGAGUUCAUAACGAUGUUUGACACUCAGCUAGUGGUGCGAAGGGACGGUGUCCCAGAUUUUGUUAAAUUACCAAGCGAUGGAGGGGACUACAGAGAAUUUGAUGGCCGCAAUAAACCUUAG